AUGGGCCUGCGGCAGUACGUGGAGAUCGAGGGAGAGUCAGAGGGUGUCACUGGACCGAAGGAGUCGGAUGGGACUGAAGAAGAACGACAUGGUUCGUGUGAUUGUUGGAUCGGCGAUGAACACCUGAAGAGUAAAGUGCUGAAGUUGGGGGGGUUCAACAUCUGGUUGCUGGCGGCUCCAAGUACUGCAGCACCCACAGUACCCAAAUGCAAGAUAGAGUUGAACCAUGAGCAGUUCAAUUCUUUGAGUGAGGAUGAGCAAGAGCGCCGCUUCCGCAUGGCUGUGUGCAAGAGCAGCGAUGAAGUCCUCGGCGCCUUGCUUUGUGGCUUGGAGCAGGAGGAUGCGCUGGCACUGAAGCGAUCGGAGGUGCAGAGAGCACAAAUCCAUGCCUACCACGCAGUGCAGCUCUACUUCACCAUGAAAUCCUUCCAAAGCAGCAACAUCGAAGCGGCCACUCUCUUGGCCGCCUGGAAGGCCGUGAAGGACACGAGGAUCCUGGUUUCUGCCGAGCGCUUCGUUCAGGUGCUACAAGAACAAGAAGUGGCUCUGGAGGCGCUUGGUCUUCACCCGACCCAGUGGCUCACGGAGGAGGCCAUGAACUUGGAGCGAUGGGCCAACGGAGCUUCCAUCUCCAGAUGCGUGGACCUCUCCUUGGUGGAUGGCCUCGCCCAGCGAUGGGUGCAGCGGCUGCAGCGAGACGAGGAGCUGCACGGGGACGCAGUGCUGAAGCUCCGAGAGACGGCGCGCACCUUGGUGGUGGAAGCCAUGCUGGGCCCAGCGCCCUUGAUGUUCCCGCCUGUGACCCUGGCGGCGGCGGCCACCACGCUGGGGGUGAUGAAGUCGCUGGAUGCCUUGAAGGCCAGCUCCGAAGAGAUCAAGGGGAGGAUCAAGAAGGAGCAAACAGAAGAAGAUCAGAAGGAGAUGAGGCUGGCCAUGCAAGAAGUGACCAGAACCAUCAGACUCCCCCGGGUGGCGGUAGACACACGCCUGACCCGCUGCUGGAUGGCUUGGGAAAGUCGAGAGCUCAUACCUGAUGGAGUCAAUGUGGGUGGAUGGUUUUGCUUGGAGGAUUGGUUCUAUUCUCAGGCGACAGCCACCGCGACGUCCGGGAGCACGAAUCCGAAGGCAACGGCUUCCACGACCACGGUGGGUCACCUGGUGGCCACUCCGAAUUUGGACUACGAGAAGCACCGCUUUCAGCUGAACCGGGAGAAGUUGGUCGGGCAUGUGUGCAGCAUUUUCGCUCUGACUGCCACGGAGGAGGCUCGAUUGCUUCGACCCUACUUCGGUUGCGAGUCCGACUUGAUCAACCUCCUCCUGCAGAGCGGCCUCGGCGAAGAGCGCGUGCUGGAGCUCUUCUGGCAGCAUCGCACGAGCUACGUGUCGCCCAUCGACUUUGCUCGGAUCCGUGCUUUGGGACUGAAGAAGAUCCGAUUGCCUCUCACCUGGUGCAUCAAUUACGACCAGCCUUAUCGGAUCAAAGGCAAGACCUUCGGAGGUCAAGAUCAGGAGGUGCUCAUCGGAACCGUGGCCGCGAUCGUGAAGGACCCCUUCGAGAACGACCCCGCCUUCAAUCCCAAGGGCAUGGGCAUCGCGAACGACCGAUGGGUCUCCAUUCCCAUCCAAGUCGUUGAGCACGUGCUUGAGGUGGCGGCUGACUUUGGACUCCAAGUGCUCCUGGACCUGCACGCCUUUCCCGGCGGCUCCAGCGCGGGGACCUUCAAUGGCGUGUGGCCUUUGAACCCACGCUUCUGGACGGCGCAUUGCUCGGAGAAUUUCACCACCAUCAUGGUGCAGAUCUUAAAUUGGAUGAAUGGCUUGAGCAGCAAGAACCCCAAGGCCUUUAAGGGACUCUAUGGUUUGACGCCCAUGAAUGAACCGGCUCAUAUGCGAGGCCUUUAUGACACGUCCGGUGCUGCUGUGCCAGUUCCAUACCAGGAAGCCUAUGAUGAGUUGGGUCUUCCCGGUUGGGCCAAUGUCUCCACCCAGCAGAUCCUGCAGACGCUGCAACUCAGCGUGGAGGAGUUUCGGAGGCGUCCGGCCCUGGCGUCGCAGGGCGUCCGGCUCCUGAUGAACGUCAUCGAGACCGCCUUCGCCGGGACCUUCGGCGGCACGGACGAUGCCAAGGCCUUCGCGGCCAGUCAGACGGGCGAAGUGGGCUCCGUGACGGGGGCCCUGGGCGCCUGGUGGAAGGAGAUCACCACGGAGUCUGAGCGGCAGACGUGGGCGGUGCUGGACCUGCACAACUACAUUGCCUGGAACCCGGAAGUCAAGAACUUCGAAGAGAUUGCCACCAUGGAGGACUACAGGCGUUUGCUGAGUGAGAUGAGUCUGCCAUUCUUUCAACAACUCCGCAGUCGCUUGCAGAUGCCGAAGCCGCAGCUCCUGGCGUGCUCCGAGUACAGCGCGAGUACCAAUCAGGACACGCUGCUGUCGGUCACCAGCAGCGUGGGCCGACGCCCCAGGCGUUUGCCGUGGCGCGUCGGAUGGCACACGCUGCGCGAUGAGUUCUUACGUGGUCAACACCGGGCGGCGAAGGAGGAGAAGAUCGACAUGUGGUUCUGGACGUAUCACAUCCGAAAGAACCGGAACUACCAAGGAGAGGGGUCCUUACAUGUCCAUGCAACAUAUCCAUUAGGUUGGAGGCCAUUGCUUCUAAGUUGGAGGCCAUUGCUACAAUAAGGUUCAACACUUGCAGGAGAGUGGUCCUUACAACAUGUCCUUUCGCCAUGGCCACGGCUCCUCCAGAGCUUUGGACCUUUGUCCUUGCUCCGGUGUGUCGGCCAUCUGAGCUGCACCUGUGGGUGGCUUUUGCUCUAUGGGCUGCGAAGGCCCUGGAGCUUCAUCUGCUGCGGUUUUGGCUGGCGAUUCGUCUUCCGCGUUUGAAGACCACCGGUGCGGUGCCGCCGGCGCGUGCCCGCCCAGAGGGGUGCUCCGGUCAAAGUGGAGAACACUCAAAGACAGGAAAAGGCAUGCCAUUUGUACAUACGGAUUGCACUUCGUCAUUGCUAUCUUCAUUGAAUCGGUUUUGUGGCAGAAUCGCUGCCCGGAAUUCGACAUGCAGGUGAC